AUGGGCUCCAUAUCCACUCCCGAAGUCACGCUCAACAAUGUUUCACACAUCUUGCAGGAUGAUACCCGUGUCAAGUUGGCCGGCGUGGAUGUCGAUGGGAUAUUGCGGGGGAAGCUAGUCUCCAAGAAGAAGUUCCUAUCGAUCGUAUCGGAAGGCUUUGGUUUCUGCUCGGUGGUCUUUGGGUGGGACAUGCAUGAUCGCACAUAUUUCAAGGAAUUGGCCAUCAGUAACAAGGACAAUGGGUAUCGGGACCUUCUUGCGAUUCCGGAUCUGAGCAGUUUCCGUCGUAUUCCCUGGGAAAACAAUGUUCCUUUCUUCCUCGUGAGCUUUCACGACCCUGAGACUCGAGAGCCCGUAUGCGCAUGCCCCCGCGGUCUGGUAAAGACAGCGCUCAGCAAGCCUGAAGCGGCUGGGUAUCGGGCCAUGGCAGGUGCCGAAUAUGAGUUUUAUCAAUUUCGCGUGCCAGAGGCGUAUUCUUCGCCCGAGCGUAACGCGUCCUCCACGGCGACCUUCUUAAAAGAGAAUCCCGUGGAGGCAUUACCCUCCCUCACCGAAGGGAUGUUCGGAUACAGCUUGACCCGUCCAGUUCAUAACCAGGAUUAUUAUUAUGGAAUUUUUGAUGCAUGUGAGGAAUUUAGAUGUGAUAUUGAGGGGUGGCAUACGGAGAGCGGGCCGGGGGUGUUCGAGGCUGCGCUACAAUUCGGAGAAGCCCGGGAGAUGGCCGAUAAAGCGGGCCUUUUCAAGUAUGUCGUCAAAUCCAUCGGGACCAAGCAUGGCAUCACCCCGACUUUCAUGGCGAAACCCCGCGAAGGCUUGCCGGGGAAUAGCGGCCACAUGCACAUCUCGCUCGUCACCAGCGAUGGGAAGAACGCUUUUCUGCGCGACGCGCCCGAUCCAUCUCCUCCUUACCCCGACGUGGCUCAUUUGUCGGACUUGGGCAGACAUUUUCUGGCGGGGAUUCUCACCGGCCUUCCGGACAUAAUGCCAAUGUUUGCACCAACGAUCAAUUCUUACAAACGACUGGUAGAGAAUUUCUGGGCUCCGGUCACCGUGUCUUGGGGCCUCGAGCAUCGCGCGGCCUCGAUCAGAUUGAUUACGCCGCCCGCCGCCCGACCGAAGGCAACACGGUUCGAAGUACGAGUGCCCGGAGCGGAUGCCAACCCGCAUUAUGUGAUGGCGGCUGUUGUCGCAUUGGGAUGGCGGGGUAUGGGGGGUGCCAGAGACAAGGGGGUGCGUCUGGCCAAGUCCCUCAAGGAAGCCGUCGCGGCGUUUACGCGAAAGGACAGUGUCGCACGUGAAGUAUUUGGGGAUACCUUCGUUGACCACUUUGGCGGCACCCGAGAGCAUGAAGUACGCUUGUGGGAGGAGGCAGUGACAGAUUGGGAGGUGAGACGGUACAUUGAGACGGUCUAG